GAUGCCUUCUUUGUUCGUCUUUGAUAACUCCGUUGCCAUGGACACGUAGGCAGGUGCGCGUUUGGCGUUUUUAAAAAAGUUUGACUGCAAACGCGUUCCGUACUUAGGUAAUCACGUGACCUAGGGAGGGAGGGGGUGGAGGGUCGCGUUGCCGUGGAAACGUAAACAGGCGACGGCGUCCAUUGCCGAGAGGAGGGGGGGGGAGUCUGGGAUGGAGGCCGGCAUGAUUGCGGGUGGCGCAAUGGAGGGGGUGUGUGCCCGCCGCACAGAAUCAUCGGAUGUGCACCACCUGGAGGCGCUCGUCUCACCAGCCACCGAGCAGCUGUUUGGCCGUGUCAUCCCCGUCAGCUUAAUCGAGAAGGCAAACCUUGCAGUGACCUUGUGCAAUGAUACGAAUGAAAUAAUUGCACACGCCGCCUUUCUGGAUUACCCCAACACGGCGUGUGUGGAUCAAGCAGAGUGGCCGUCGUGGAUGUGCAAACACUUUGACAGCGGCAAGUGCACUCCUUUGAAUACACUCUUCAUGCAUUAUUUUGUGGCCAAGUCUGGUGUGGAAACUGACUGUGCAAAACAAAUCAUCAGAACGGUGUUCAAUGCUGUGCCAGAUCUCCACUUUGUGUUUUUACUUCUAAAGAAGAAUGCAUCACCAGGUGCUGUACUGGAGAACAUAUUCACCAAAAUGAAGAUGCAUGGACAUGUGUCGGACCCUGGAGGGUCGCUUUAUGUGUGCCACCGCCACAAUCACUUUCCCAUCCUCCACAUUCGGCAGGCAAGGGAGGAAGACCACGAUGACCUCCUUCCCAUAUUCAGCAAGCAGAACCAGCAACUGCGUAACACAUAUGGGGAGUUCUUCUUGGUUGAGCUCAUUGAGGCACAGGAUCAAAACAGUCACACAGCCGUAGCUGAGGUGGAUGGCGUUGGAGUUGGCUUCAUGAGUGUACACAGUGAAGUGAACAUCGCACUUCUAAAUGACUGCUUUGAGCUGAUCCCAUUCCAUGGACUCUGCAAAGCUCACCCAGAUGAUAUAACAGAGCCAAAUUCAGAAACAAGCAAGCAGUAUGAAUCAGAUGCUGAACAACUCGAAAGAACCGAGACAGAUCUCAGGCCUGACUCUGUAACUUCACACUUUUCCCUGCCGUCUCAGCAGCCUCAGAUAUCCCAGCCACCGGAGGUUAGAGACAAGGAGAAUCAAGGAAACUCUCAGGCGGUUGAGUCAGGCGGGUCUUUGGCGAGUGAAGGGGAGGCUGAUAGCAGCUCUGACAAUACCGGCACUCGGUCUCAGCAAGUGGAGUCUUCGGUGGACAUUGGCAGCAAGACUACGAUCCUGCAGCCACCGUCCAAAGCAGAUGUGAUUGUGUCUGAGGCUCCGGGUUUCAGGCCAGUCUACAUGGGUGCUAGUAAUGCAUUUUGCAUCCAACUUUUUUGCAUUGAUGAGAAGUAUGAAAUGAGGUCCCAAGAUUUUCUGCCCUAUGUGUUUAAUAUCUUUCCGGUCAAGGACUACUGCAUCAUGACCGUACCCCACCUGCUGCCAGAGUUUCCUUUGCUGCACAGCUUGAUGCGCGUCACUCCUCGCUCCGUCAGUGGCUUUUCACAGGAGCUCUACGUUGUCCAUCGAUCAGCCCUGCACAAGUCAAUGGUUGUGCGUGCUGCCCGGAGCAAUGACAGUGAUGCAGUGAAGAGCCUGGUGGAGACACUGGAUCAGCACAAAUUAUUACUGGCAGACUUUAACCAGUUCAACCAGGCGCGACGGGACCCGAAUGGAACCCAAAUCCGCGUGUAUGUGGCUGAGAUGUUGGAGAAAAUUGUUGGUGUGGCUGUUGUCCGUGCAGAAGAGGAUAUAGAAUACAUCAGAUCACAUUACAACAUUGAAGACUUCAUCUACUACAGCCAUCACAGAAGAGAUCAGCAUGCUCACCUCUGCCACUUCGUCUUGAACCCAGCCUCUUACCUUUACACAAAACACUUCCUCAAGGAAGUCCUGAGGCUAUCCCACUGCACAUCUCUUUACUACCCAGUCUACCCCGGGUACUCAAAGAAAAGCUGGACAGAAAAGCAUCACACACUGAGCUCAGUGCUGCACUGCCUGGUUCCUGUUCGUCCCCGCAGUCAGAUCUCGUAUCCAUUGCAUGAGUUGGGAGAAAAUUCCCCCUCUCAAAGGGUAUUGAUGGAGCAGGACAAGUACGCUCUGAACCACUUUAACAGAAAGCUCACGCUGGAGCCCAAGGUCACAGUGAACGCUCGCAUUGUCGUGGUUGGAGCGUCUGAUACCGGAAUCUCCUUCCUGGAAACCUUGGCUUUUUGCCCACACUUGCGUUUCAACAACCUGACUUUGAUAUCUACACACGGUCUCCCGGGGGAGCUGCCCCCUUGUCCCAUACGAGAAGGAUUUCUAGCCAGCAGUCACUGUUACAGCACAAACGACCUUGCCCUGCUGUCCCUCCACUCGCGUGUAAGUGUGGUGGUUGGCAAAGUGGCGGCCAUCAACCGCUCAGCAAAGCAUGUCGUGGUAACAGGAGGUGGCCAUGUGUCCUAUGACCACCUGAUUCUGUGCACUGGCCAGCAAUAUGAGGUACCGUGUCCAACGGAAGCUGACUUGAGCAAACUCCUGACUAAUGCGGAGGUGCCGAACAGCCCUGAUCGCCGCUAUAGCGGACCUGUUCCCGCAAAUCUCUUCACCCUCAAUGACCAAGACGACUGCCAACAUGCCCUCGAAUGGCUGAGACGCAAUUUCCUUGGUGGGCAAGGCAAUGCCAUUGUUUAUGGGAGCAGCCUAGAUGCGUACACGACAGUGCAGACCCUGCUGAAGCUUGGUGUAGCUGGUUCACGCAUUCAUUUGGCUGAGCCUCCUCACGGCUACACAGUUUGCUGCUUCAACAACUUUGCGGUGGAAUCGGCAAUCCGCGGUGCGCUGCUUCAAGCCGGGGUGAAGGUCCAUUCCUCCUGCUUGCUUGCCCACUGGAAUGAGAAUGCACAGCAGAGUGACCUCAUCACUUCUGCCUCCUUCACGACUGACACCAAACCUUUCAGUCUGGAAUGCAGCGCAUUCUUUGCAUUCUACCGGAAAGGAGUGGACUAUGAGGCUUUCCGGGCAGCCAAUGACUCCUGCCUGGUGUUCGACGGUCGACUGGUGAUCGACGCUUCCUUCUGCACAAGCGACGGCGCGGUGCGUGCCGCUGGCACGCUCACCAAGUACGCCCGCCGCUACUACGCCGACCAUGCGGCGCAUGCCGGAUACAACUCGAAGGAGGUGGGCUUCCAUCUGGCAGCUGGCAUGCUGCCCCUGUUGGACCCGACACUGGAGCCUCCUUCCAGCGACGAUCUCUCUGACUCGCUUAAUCGCCUGGUGCCUACGUUCACGGCACCCAAUAUCCAGGGUGGGAUUUUGCCCAGAGGCUACCACUACCUGCAUAUUGUAAAACCAGGUGUCGUAAUUCCACUGGAGGCUCAGAUGGCUCGACCAGACUAUGGCCGAGAGUUGGUAACGGGCCGUCCCGAAGACGGUGAUUACUUCCGGCUUCACGUGGGUCGUCAUGGCACGGUAGAGACGCUGACGUGCCUGUCAGCCAAGCCCCUGCCGAUCAGCAACUACGUCCAUUUGUAUGGCCAACACGAGCAACUACUCAACACACUGCUGUCACGCUUCGACGAGGGUCUCAUCCCAGACUUGUACAGCUAUUUUAGACAGCCCUGGUGCAUGGCCAUUUUCCAUGACCGCUUUCAAGACCUUCAGAGGGAACUUCGGCAGCUGGUGUCCACCGCACAGGCGGAAUCAGUGCCCUCGAUGCUGGAGCUCGCCACGCAGCUGGUGCAGGGAGACUUAUCCCUGCUCGACGGUGGCCCACAGUCUCUCCAUGAGCAGUUCAAGAAGCUGGGUUACAAGAAAGCUGUGGAGACCCGACUCAUCUCGUAUCUGCAAUACAAUCACUACCACCUGCCCAUGUACUUUCGACCUGGCAUAAUCUAGAGCCUUGCUACCAAAAGACAAUUUUAAGUGAUUUUUUAUUGGUAAUUAAUGGUGGUUAUGUCAAUUGUUUUCAUGGGGAUUUUCCUGUUUUUAAAAUAUUGUUGAUUUAGAAUAUUACUCAAACGCUGUAAAAUAUCUACUAGUUGUAUGGUUGGAUCAUCAGAUGGCUUAUUAGAGCCACCACAAUAGAUAGUAGCCCUUCUGUAAUCCAAUACCCAACAUGGAUCACAAUUUUAAAAUAUAUCUGAAUGAUUUGAAAUAAUAAGCUUCUUCGUUGAUGACUGAGCAAAAAAGUUAUCCUCAUGUUUUGUCUUUAUACAUGUGUAGUGUCCUCCUUCUUAGCGGCGUGUGUGUGCAUGUGGUGUGCAGUGCAUACACUCAGUCGGAGACGAGGUAGUUUCAGGAGGCACCGUCUCUCUCUUUAUUCCUCUAUCUCGUUCACACCACCCACUCCGGCCUCCUCUCUCUCACGACUACGCUGCCGUACAACCCGGCCCAGACAUGACCCUGUCCGCGUUGCACCGAGACGGCCAACUAAUGUUUGGCCGUGUAAUGAUCGGGCGAAUGCGGCAGCGACGAAGGCGACGACAGCGACGACGAGACGAGUCCACUCCCAGAACCGUCAGCCUGGAACUCUCGCUUUCCGCUGUUUAUAUUCCACUUGGCGCGGCUUAGCUCCGCCCUAGCCGCGCCUCCCUUCUCGAACCUACCAGAGGGUUCCAGGAACCUCCCUAUGAGGUAUACCGUGACCCUUGACCCAGUUCCUCCGCCCUGCCGGCACACACACCGUGUAUAUGCGUGUGCGCUGUGUCCACCGCAGUUGCUGCUGCUGGACAGCAGUCGGCGCUGUGUCACUACACAUGUACAGUACAGCCCUUUGUGAGUCCACUGCUGGAUGUGAGGUCAUUCCCAUGCCACGCAGAUCAUGGGGGCAUACUUCACCACGCUGGCCGGUGCAGACUUGUGAAAGCGGGCAGCAUAUACUCUGGGGCACAAGUAGAGUACAACUGUGAAUGCCUUAUUCUGCCCACAAUAUAACCCUGCAACCAAUAACAUCUCGUUGUUAUGCACGUAAAUGGGUACAAACUCAAUGAUCAACAUAAAACAGACUUGAAUUGCCUUGGCUCGCUGCUUCACUUGAGACUGUGCUCAGAACAGUCCAUUGAAAUUGGUCGCUUUACAUUUGUAAAAAUAUUCUGUAAUUUUUUCACGAGCAUUGUACCUGCACAGUGGCUGCUGAAAGUUGCCUUGACAUGUGGAUUGAAAUAACAAAAACAUUCUUGACAAAUGUUUCAAGAAUCAUAGCAAUGGACCUUUUACAGAAAUAUUUCCAUAUUUGAACAGUUAUUAAAUACAUCCUGAAAUGUAA